CGCGGCGGCGCGGGGACGCGCGGUGACCGUUGGCGCCGAGGGGAGGAGGCAGCCGCCGCCGCCGCCGCCGCCGUUGCGCAGAUCCGGGCCGCGGCUGUGGGGAGGGCGACGGAGCUGGUGACCUUCCGGAGGCGGGAGCGAGCGAGGAGGCCCGGGAGCGCCGAGCGCCGCCGCCGCCGCCAUGAACAACUCGGGCGCCGACGAGAUCGGGAAGCUCUUCGUGGGCGGUCUGGACUGGAGCACGACCCAAGAGACUCUGCGCAGCUACUUUUCCCAAUAUGGAGAAGUCGUAGACUGUGUUAUCAUGAAAGAUAAAACCACCAACCAGUCUCGAGGGUUUGGGUUUGUCAAAUUUAAAGACCCAAACUGUGUGGGGACAGUGCUGGCCAGCAGACCGCACACACUAGACGGCCGAAACAUCGACCCCAAGCCAUGCACACCCCGAGGGAUGCAGCCAGAGAGAACGCGGCCGAAGGAAGGAUGGCAGAAAGGACCCAGGAGCGAUAACAGUAAAUCAAAUAAGAUAUUUGUCGGUGGAAUUCCUCACAAUUGUGGUGAGACAGAGCUCAGGGAAUACUUCAAGAAGUUCGGAGUGGUCACGGAGGUAGUCAUGAUCUAUGAUGCCGAGAAGCAGAGGCCCCGAGGUUUUGGAUUUAUUACUUUCGAGGACGAACAAUCAGUGGACCAGGCUGUCAACAUGCAUUUUCACGACAUCAUGGGCAAAAAAGUGGAAGUUAAACGGGCUGAGCCUCGGGACAGCAAGAGCCAGCCGCCGGGACAGCCAGGUGCCAGCCAGUGGGGGAGCCGCGUUGUUCCCAACGCUGCCAAUGGCUGGGCAGGCCAGCCCCCGCCCACGUGGCAGCAAGGAUAUGGCCCGCAAGGAAUGUGGGUGCCGGCAGGACAGGCGAUUGGUGGCUACGGACCACCCCCUGCGGGAAGAGGAGCCCCCCCGCCGCCCCCACCAUUCACCUCCUACAUCGUGUCCACCCCUCCUGGAGGCUUCCCCCCUCCCCAGGGCUUCCCUCAGGGCUAUGGUGCCCCGCCACAGUUCAGUUUUGGCUACGGGCCUCCACCUCCACCACCGGAUCAGUUUGCCCCUCCAGGGGUUCCUCCUCCACCGGCCACUCCCGGGGCAGCGCCUCUGGCCUUCCCUCCGCCCCCGUCUCAGGCCGCCCCGGAUAUGAGCAAGCCCCCGACAGCUCAGCCAGACUUCCCCUACGGUCAGUAUGGCCUGGGUUCCUAUUCUCCAGACCCGCCGGGCUGCGGCCCACACUUUGUUUACACUCUUAUGGUCAGGCUGAGCAGUGAUGUGGCCUAGGUUACGGGCAGGACUUGAGUGGCUUUGGACAGGGCUUCUCGGACCCCAGCCAGCAGCCCCCCUCCUACGGGGGCCCCUCCGUGCCAGGGUCAGGGGGCCCCCCCGCCGGCGGCAGCGGCUUUGGACGAGGGCAGAACCACAACGUGCAAGGGUUCCACCCCUACCGACGCUAGCUGCGGCGGCGACGUCUGCACGGCCCAGACCUGGAUUCCAAACUUGUGAACUCGUGACAAUCACAAACGUGGCGGCAAAGUAGCGACUCAACCUUGGGGGGCGGGGGGAGGGCGAGAGGCUUUUGGAGCGGCUGUGGGUGUCGUCUGGACUGAAGUUUUUAAAUAUUUCUUUCUCUAACCCAUCAGCACAAUAAAAAAAAGUCACUGGUUCAACAACAGGGUUAAAAAAAAGUCUUCAGCUUUAAUUCAAAACUUCAGGUUUCUUUUUCUUCCUUUUCUUUGGAAAUUAUUUUCCUGAGCCUUUUGUUUUACGGUAUAUUGUAAACUUUUAUGUUAAAGAAAAAAUAUACAUUUACAAAUUGUGAGAUUUUUAAGAGAAAUUUUCUACGAUGUAUACUGGCUUAUUUUUUAAUUUAAAACAGGGUUUCCGUCGGCACUGGUGGAGGGGGUGCGUUUCUAGUCCCCUUGCUUUGGGGGUUGGGACUCCUUGGUCCAGAAACUCUGGGAGCUUCAAGAAGAAAUCUACUGAGUGUGUUUCUGUUUUUUGUUUAAUUCCUUGCUUUCGUCGACUGACCUGCUUGGUAGUGUCUGAGGUGCACUUUGGGGCUGUGCACAGCCAGCCGCGUGGACACUGGCGGUCUGGAUCCCACGGCCGAGUAGGAGGCCAUCUCCCCAGACACGUGCUUCAGGGUGUUUCCCAUUGACCAGUUUGACCCUGGUUUGAAUAAAAAGAAGUGCGUUUGGAUUAGAAA